AUCAUAUCGCAAAUAUUGUCAGCGGUACACAGUAAAUCACCAGCCUAAUUUGAAACGGAUCCGUGCGCUGCGUCAAAAUUCAUCUCUCGCGGCACUAAUCUCAUAAAGGGUUCCAGCACCGCUCAAUAGGAAUUAACAAGCGGCAUUCACGACUCCUCAUUAUAUUUUUAUACUUUAUACCUUUAGUGGCAGACAUAAAGUGCGCGAUCAAAACGCGCGAACCCCUACAAAAGGUAAUUAUGUUUUGAUUCCUACAAAAAAUCGAGUAUCACAAAGGAGACUAACGAGAUAAGAGCGUGCUAAAUCGCUCCCCCUGCGGCCCGCGCGCGGAUCAAUUCUCGGCCGAACGGUCGAUUGGCUGAGCGGGACGACUCCACGGGGGGCGGAGCCCUGCCCGGCCCGCCUCGAGGGCCUCCGCCGCUCCGGCCGCCAGUCCACCUCCGAGCGCCCGCAUGCGUACACGGCACGAUCCCCCAGUGAACUGUGCUAAAUGGAACUGAACGUUCAAUGUUAAAGAAACAAAGCUACGAAGAGAAAGAAGUGAAUAUGGCGAUAGAGAGUGUUUCGAGGUACCCCAGAAGCCCGGCGGAGGCUACGGAGCCGCCGAAGCCUUCGAGGAUAAGCUUCAGCGUGGCUUCCAUACUCGCGGACACUAAAGCUAACGAAGAGACUGCUGAAGUUCUGAGGCAUCAUAGGAGUAUUCCGGAAUCUCCUUUGAGACAAUCGCCGUCGGCUCAGCCCGAGCUGCCGGGUGGGAACUCGUUGUCUCCGCGGCCUUCUUCGCAAACGCCUCCUUUGAAUUUGAAUGCCUCAGCGACGGUGACAUCUUCGGAUGACGAAUACGACGACGGUUCGAUAGUUGACGUCGAAGAUUUGAAUUUGCGGAACGGUCAGAGCGAGGAUGAGGAGCGGUCGAAGGAGGAGAGAUUAGGGCCGGUGCGGCCGACGCCGUUCAGCGCGCUGGCGGCGGCGGCGGCGGCCUACCACGGGCUGAGCGGCUGGCCCGGCGCGCCCUCCGUGGUGCCUUCCUUUGGACCUCUGUUCCCUCCACACUUCAACGUUGGACACAUAACAGACGCCAACGGCGGCCCUCCGAAGCUGAAAUGCAACCUUCGCAAGCACAAGCCGAACCGCAAGCCGAGGACACCCUUCACAGCGCAGCAACUCAGAGCGCUCGAGAGCAAAUUCGUCGAGAAACAGUACCUUAGCAUCGCUGAGCGCGCUGAGUUCUCGUCCAGCUUAGGGUUAUCUGAAACUCAGGUAAAAAUCUGGUUUCAAAAUCGCCGAGCGAAAGCGAAGCGAGUGCAGGAGGCGGAGAUCGAGAAACUAAAAAUGGCGCAGUUUUCUCGUCACCCCCACCACUUGUACCCCCACCCGCUGCAGCAGUACUUCCACCCACAUCACCUGAUGGGGGGCCGACCUUUGCCCCCGAUGGGCAUGCCGCCCCAUUUAGGCAUGGUUCAGAGCCCAGUGUCAGGGGGGUCGCCAUCGCCUAGUACGCAAACUGGUCCGCAAUAAGAAUAGGAUAAGAAUGUGGGACUGACGAGUAA